AUGCUUUUUCUCAAAGGUCCACGAGGUCUCGUAUUUAUCUUCGUCGUGUUGAUUUUUCUGACAAUUUAUUACUGCUACUUGAGGCUUGAAGUUCUUCCGGGGCUUCACAAGAGCGAGUUCAUCAUACCACAAGAUGUUAGAGUUGAACCUGAAUGGCUAGCAGACGGGAAGCGGAAGCCUACUAAACCUGUGGAGGAAGCGGUGAACCCAUCAAAAACACCCCACAUUCAGCCCAGCUCUACGCCCACGUAUAAGCCAGAUUUGGAAGCAGAACAUGUCUCUGUUGUUCCCAGUUCAGAACUAUCAGUCUCGCCAUCUGACAUUUUAUUGAUUGUCAAGACUGGUGCAAGCACAGCAUGGCGUCGAAUGCCUGUUCAGCUGUUAACGACUUUAUCGACUCUGUCAAACACUGUGAUAUAUUCGGAUCUUCAAGAGAACCUUUCUCAUGAAAUCCAAACAGUGGAUAUUUUGAGCAAUGUGAGCGAUAUUCUGCACAUUCAUGACACAACUGCGUACGGCAUAUACCAAGAUCUGCAGACCAACGCUCAUGCGUACAGAGAACAAGCUCAACUUCCCGGAGACGAGCCUGAACUUCCACCUGGAAACAAGCCAGGUUGGAUUCUGGACAGAUACAAGUUUAUUCCUAUGCUAGAACACGCCCAGAACAACUAUCCUGGCUUCAAGUGGACUGUGUAUAUUGAAGAUGACACUUUCGUCUUUUGGACAAAUCUCCUCCGUUGGCUAGCCACACUCUCAGCUGAUGACGAGCCAUCAUAUUAUGGUGCUUAUUCAGGUCAAGAUAACGCGACAUUCGCGCAAGGGGGUUCAGGAAUCGUCUUCUCUAGAUCCUUAAUGACGUCCGUUUUCAGCGGACCGAAGGUACCAACUCUGCAAGAGUACGCAAACUUCACCGCAAAUGCUUGUUGCGGUGACAUGGUUUUGGGGAAAGUCUUGCACGAUCACAAUGUGCUUGUAAACCGAGGGGAAUAUGGUCCAGUAUCUUUCAGACCUGAACCACCCUGGAGAACAGGAUUCGAGGAGUUUUCAUGGUGUAAACCAAUUUUUACCUUGCAUCAUUUGCAUCAGCGGGAUUUGGUGCAGUUAGCAAUGCUGGAACGUAAGCAUAAUGAAAGUAACCUGGGUUCGCGACCAAUCAUCUUCCGCGACAUUUUCCUCGCAACAAUAUCUUCAUACCUCAAAGACCGCCGCGAUGAUUGGGAUAACUUUGCCUCUCGCCAUAAACUCACAGAAAACAUCACCACAAUCACCAAUCCUCUUUGGGGUCCACCUGCUCCCGUUGUUCAAGAUACAGUCGCUCUGGAGCAGGCUUAUACUUCACCUGAAGCAUGUUUCGCGGCCUGCGUCGCAUUGUCUACUUGUCGAAUUUGGAGACACGAGAUUGAUAAUGAGAAGCAAAAGAGCUGUAGUUUGGAUACGGUGGUAAUUCUUGGAAGAGAGAUUGAGGGAAGGCCUUUGUGGGAUAAGAGUAUUGUUAACAGCGGAUGGAUGAUGGAGAGAAUCAGUGGUUCGUUGAUGAAUGAUGAAUGCGAAGUUGUGAUAUUGCCUUGA